GGUACCCACUUCCCUCUCUCCCCUUUGUUUCCCUAAUACUGGGUUCUCCGAAGAAACAAGUAAUACAAAGGAGAAACUCCAAUCUUAUAGCCCUGGUUCAUAUCCCAGCUUUGCCAUUACUCAGACUUGGGAAUCUGGGUGAAUCUAUUUCUGAGCAUUAGGUGUUUUUACUGGAAGUUUGUUUCCUCUAUCUGUAAAAUAAAAAUGAGACUCUAGCCCCUUCUUCCAUUAGGAAGUAAAUAAGUGGAAAGCAUUCAGCACAGUGCCUGGCUCAUAUGUGCACUCAGUAAAAGCUGUACCAGAUAGCUAGCUCUUAGCACGUCCGCUCAAUGAUUGUUUCGCCUAAGCUUUGAAAAAAAUCAAACUAUGAAGAUGUGUUCGUUAUCAUAUGGAUUCAAACAUGGUGACAAGAGUAAUGAUGGGUUGAACCAAAUGGAAGAUAAUUUUCACAUUUGAGAAGCCUGUGGAACGUAUUCCAUUCUCUCCUGGUUGCCAAGCACAUUCUGCCUCCCCUCCCGCCCCAAACGGUGAUGCGAUGGUCUCUGCAUCAAGUACAUCUGUGCCAAAUAAAUGAUUAUCGGAUUGAUUUUUUUUUUUUAAGGCUAAGCCUGGUUUUUUGAGUUUUUUGUUGUUGUUGUUUUUUAACGACCAUAGAACCUUCAGGGUUCCAAAUCCCCACUGCGCGGCCUGCCGUAAAGAAGACAGGCGCAUCCACUGUGCGGCCGGCCGUAGGGAAGACCGGCGCAUCCACUGCGCGGCAGGCCGUAAAGAAGACAGGCGCAUCCACUGCGCGGCCGGCCGUAGGGAAGACCGGCGCAUCCACUGUGCGGACGGCCAUAGGGAAGGCAGGCGCAUUCACUGCGCGGCAGGCCGUAGGGAAGACAGGCGCAUCCACUGCGCAUCCCCUGCGCUGCCGGCAGUAGGGAAGACAGGCGCAUCCCAAUUGGCUGGUUCGCUCCAAGGGGAGCUGGGCAGUGUGCCCGGAAGAGGCGGCGCGGCACGGUGCAGGUCCAGUCGGAACCCGAAGUGGCUGUCCAUCCGUAGACGUGGAUCCUCUGACGCAUCAUCCGGUCCGAGCCCCGCCCUUUCUGCAAUCGGAAGUCCGGAAAAGAGCCGGAAGUCGGGAGAAGAGCCGUGGCUUGACCACGUCAGGGUCAGAGCAAACGUGGGGGUCAGUGGAACGGAAGUAAUUGGAUCUUACGGAAGUAAUUGGAUUUUACGUAGCCGUAAAGUGCUGUCGGUCGAACCAUCUUCCGGUUAGCGACAACGGCCGGCUCACAUGCCGGUGUUAUCCUUCCUGUAGACCGCAACGUGGACCUUCAGCGAUCCACUCUUCGCUUCAGCUCUUCCUUGUCGGCGCCUCUUCACACCAAGAUCAUGUUCAAGAAAUUUGACGAGAAGGACUGUGUGUCCAACUGCAUCCAGCUGAAAACUUCCGUUAUUAAGGGUAUUAAGAGCCAACUGACUGAGCAGUUUCCAGGUAUCGAGCCGUGGCUUAAUCAAAUCAUGCCUAAGAAAGAUCCCGUCAAAAUAGUGCGAUGCCAUGAACACAUGGAAAUCCUUACAGUUAAUGGAGAAUUACUGUUUUUCAGACAGAGAAAAGGACCUUUUUAUCCAACGCUAAGAUUACUUCACAAAUACCCAUUUAUCCUGCCACAGCAGCAGGUUGACAAAGGAGCCAUCAAAUUUGUGCUCAGUGGUGCAAACAUCAUGUGUCCAGGUUUAACAUCUCCGGGAGCAAAGCUGUAUGCUGCUGCAGUAGAUACCAUCGUGGCGGUCAUGGCGGAAGGGAAGGAGCACGCCCUGUGUGUCGGAGUCAUGAAAAUGGCCGCAGCAGACAUUGAGAAAGUCAACAAGGGCAUCGGCAUUGAGAACAUCCAUUAUCUAAAUGACGGGCUGUGGCACAUGAAGACAUAUAAGUGAGCCUUAGACGCAGUGCACUUGAGCUAAAUAUAAAUAUUGUGUUGUAUCUGUGUGUGUGUCUGUAUGUGACAUCAUGGAGACAAUGCCUCUGUGGUUAUGAUGAAUAAACUCAACAGAUACCUUUAAAGAGUGAAAAUGGGGUGUUGUAACCACAAGAAAGAGCAGGAACUGGGGACAAGCAACAGUUUGCUGCACUUUGGAACCAUAGAAGUGGCCACACUCAGUUAUUAGGAAAUUUGGUAGCAUCCAGAGUAGGUCUGACAUCAGGGUCUCUACCAAGGUGCUCCUGACAAGAGCAGCCUUCAAGAUUCCCUCUUGACUACUUUCUACAUCUCUCUUUCCUUCUUCCUCUGCUUGGAAAGGGUUACCAGUAAUCCCCUUGAUUUCCUAAAAUUCCGGACUUGGUAGGAGUAACAUGAAUUGGGAACCCAAUGUGUACCAUUGCAGGCACUGUGCUGAGGGCAUUGUAAAAGUAGUUUUACUUUUCACAACAGUGCCCCUGACAAAGGGGCUGUUAACUUUUUUACAGAUAAGGAAACAAACUCUUAAGAGGCCACGGCCGCCUCCAGGGUCACCCAGCUUUAGGUGGCAGAGCUUAUAUCCCCAAUACCCUAUAUUUUAUCUGGGCCUAUGUUUCCCCCCUCUAGAAAAUUAAGAGGGGUUGGACAUGGCUCCAGUGAGCUUUCCCCAGCCUAAUACUCUUGCCAGUCUGAGACAGCCAAGGCCAAGUCCAUGAGCCUGUCUGACCAUGCCAGCAGUUAUGCCCACCUUCAUCCAGGGGCUGACAGGUUUGGGGGGACAGCCUCACUCGGGGGAGUGGACUUACCUGGCCUCUCU